UGGUUUACUUUGAGAGGGAGAAUCUGUCAAGGUCCCCGUGAAUUUUCCCGAGGCUGGGUUUAUCUGAUGAAUGAUGUCAGAGUUCAUAAGGGAGACAGACUUCAAACGACGUCUGACUACAACCCUCCCAGGCGUGUACGACUUCAUCUCUUACGCUGUUACUGUGUUUACAUGUAGAGGGAGCAGAAUUACGACAGGAAGAUGGAGUCCUGGUUGCUAUGCAGUCUUUUGUCUCUCACCCUAACGACCCGCCCUGUCCACCUCCUGAGGCCCGUGGAUGAGUACCCGUUCUACCUAAACUCUAGAGAAUGUAAGGACAUGUUCCCGGAGUCACUAGGAGAGGAUGCUACGAAUGCCCAGAUGCUGGAAUCUCAGGAACCUUUUGAUAUCGAGUUUAACCCUACAGAGUAUGAUACAAAUUCAGUUAUAAAUGUUAAGGUAUUUACCAAGAAGUUUUUCCAAUCUGACUAUCCUCUCCGAGGAGCUCUAUUACAGGCCAGGAUAGCGGACUGUAAGGAUACGGAUCACCAGAGAGCGAUAGGGAUAUUCCAACAGGGACAGAUAUCACCCUUCCUACACACCGUCAAAUGUUCCAACUCACUAGCUAAUGGGGUUGCUAUUGGCGUUCUCAAAGAGGACAAGGAAGGGUUGAUACAGGUCGCCAUAGACUGGACCCCUCCUUCAGAGCAGGAGAACAGAACGCUCUACUUCGUGGCCACCGUACUGAGUACUAAUGGUACGUUCUAUACCGGCAUUACCAGUGAUUUUUUGGUGCACCACUCACAGAAGGACAACCCUCCCAAGGCCGAGCACUGUGAGAUGAGGAAGUUAAUGCAGCGAAGCGGAUCCUCCGGCCUCAGGGGGCGGGACGUCACCAUCCUAUCUCUACUACCUGUUUUACUGUAUUUCAUUGUAGCGUAUAGCUGAGUUCUAGAAGUAUAGAGAGAAAAACAGAAUUGUAGCCGUUUACAUAGACUUACAAUAUAAGUGUAAAUAAUGAUGAUGAAACAAUUUUCCCCUUUUAUUGUAUAUAUAUCAUGAUAAUUAUUUUGAUGUAUUUAGAUAUGAAAAACAAUUAUAUUUUGUAAAGAUUUAAGCUUCAUAAUAUUCAUGCAUUGGCGGUACAUCUACGAAAAAAUACAUUUUUCUAUGCAAAGGAUGAUUCUUUAUUUUUUGGAAAAAUAUUACACUAUCAGUACCUACUAGUCUCUGCUGACAAAGCAGGUCACAACAUUGUCUUUAUUUGUAAGGCCAAUUAUAUAAAUUGUAUUCUAGGAGAACUUGGAUUUUAUUCUACAAGUGGUUAUCCAACUUAUACUCAUAGUUCCCUUUUGAAAAAAGAAAUUCUUCAAAAUCUUAUGUCAGUUUUGAAUAUUUUUACGAUCUUUAAGAACCAAAAUGAAUUUGAUCUACCAUAUAUAUUGGAUUUCGAUACUUCAUAAAAAUCCUUACAAAGAUUCAUAGCAAUUUCUAGUAAGUAGUACUCUAACAAGCCUCUUUCUUUACUCCUCACUAAGAUAUUAACAGCAGUGAAUGAGAAUUUCCAAGAGUACUGUGCAACAAUAUAUUCAAAAAGUGGUGCUUAUCAGAUGUGGAUACUUAUUACUUAAAUAUUCCAAGGAACUUUUGGACAAUUUGAAAUCACAAGAUUUUACCAAAAUCAUCAGCUAAAAAACACACGACUUUUCAACUUUAUACACAACCAUUCCCCACGAUAAAAUAAAGUCCAGGCUUUUUUUUAGAUUAUUGACAAUCGCUUUUCCAAUAAAAAUGGAACUCGUAAA